CUAAGUAACGUGAAACGAUCAUAAAGGCUCCAAUUUUGGGCAAUUUUGAGUGCACAGGCUUUCAUUCUCCCGCGUGCAAGAUACACCCGGAGCAACUAGCAAGAUUUAUUCACGCACAGGUCUCCCAUCCAACCUUUUUGGAAAGCACAAAACAGCGAGAUGAAAGAUAAAGUCGUCGUGAUCACCGGCGCCGCCUCAGGUAUAGGUCUCGAGACUGCCAAACUUCUCGCCUCCAAGGGCGCCAAGGUCUCUUUAGCCGAUGUCCAGGAAGGCCCUCUUCGCAAGGUGGUGGAUGACAUCAAGAACAGUGGCGGGAUUGCGUCUGGGACUGUCGUCGAUGUCCGCGAGCGCAAACAAGUCGAGGCUUGGAUAGACGCCACCGUCAAGGAAUUCGGCAAGCUGGACGGCGCAGCGAACAUAGCAGGCGUCAUUGGCAAGGGCAUCGGCAUCCGAGGCAUCGAAGAGAUUGAAGAUGAUGACUGGGACUUUGUGCUUGGUAUCAACACAAAGGGCGUGUUGAAUUGUCUUCGCGCUCAGAUCCCGCACAUGAAUGAGGGUGGCUCAAUUGUGAAUGCCGCGAGUAUAGCUGGCUUGAUCGGGUUCCAGAACAAUGCCGCCUAUGUCGCCUCGAAACACGCAGUGGUCGGCUUGACAAAGGUGGCGGCCAAGGAGCUUGGGCCACGCAAGAUUCGCUGUAACUGUGUUUGCCCGGGACCAAUCGACACUCCUAUGAUUCGAGCGUCCGAGGAUAUCAAAGGAGGUGAAAAGGUCACUUUUGAGGAUGGGAUAUGUUUGCAGCGAAGAGCUCAUCCCAAAGAAGUGGCGGAGGUUGUCAUCUUCUUACUGUCUGAUGCCGCAAGUUACGUUACCGGGUCAUCGCAGCAGGUCGAUGGGGGUUGUAACUGCUGAAGUUGGUCAUGGAAUAUCACAAGAGCACCUUCAUCCGUGUACAUGCCUAGUUCGCAGUACCAGUGACCAAGGACGACCGCAGUCGUGAAACGCUGCGCGCCUUGAGUGUCCCAUGGAGGAACGUACAUGGGAGGAGCCGAUCAUGGUGUCGAAUGCGAUACAGAAGACCGCAGAUGUAACACAAAUAGUGAAGAAGUUCAGUCCAAAAUUGACCAUAAGUGCGAAUUUGAAGUCAUCAGCUACGCACUGUCACGCUGAAUCUUGGGUGGAACGUCGUGGAGACGCGCACGGGCCACAGCGAAUCAUGUGACGCGACGGACCUGAAUAAUCUUCGACGUCGAACAAUGAG